AUGGUUCGAGCUCCGUCCGUAGAGGCGGCCGUGGCCGUGGCCGUGCUCCUCCUCUGCCUCUCCGGCCUCUGCCGCGGCGCCGAGCGGCUCGGGGCGAGGGAGUGCGAGGAGCUGGGGUUCACCGGCCUCGCCCUCUGCUCCGACUGCAACGCGCUCGCCGAGUUCGUCAAGGACCAAGAGUUGGUGGAUGACUGUCGUAAAUGUUGCACGGAGGAUUCAGAUGAUUCUAUCAGCAAGCUUGUAUACUCCGGUGCAAUUAUCGAAGUAUGCAUGAGAAAGCUGGUGUUUUAUCCAGAAGUCGUUGGCUUCCUCGAAGAGGAUAAAGAUGACUUCCCUUAUGUAGAAUCUCGGUAUGCUUAUGGCUCUCCACCAAAGCUCAUAAUGCUUGACGACAAGGGUGAACAGAAGGAGACUAUAAGGAUCGACAACUGGAAGCGUGAGCAUAUUCGGCAAUUUCUCACAGAGAAGGUGAAGCCGGCGAAAUCAGAGACCUGA